GCGGUUGAUCACCUGAUAAACGCAAAAGAUGGCUGGCCGGGAUUAGCCGUGUGUUUGAGGAGAUUACACGAGAUUCAGAAUGUCUGGAAUCCACCUCACACCAUCGUUAAUGCAAGCAGCAAGAUGCCCGACAGAUGAACUGUCUCUCACCAACUGUGCGGUUGCAAGUGAGAAAGACUUCAAAUCUGGACAGCAUUUGACUAUUAAAAUCACACCAACUCAGAAGUUUGUUUUUACAGUGAGAACCCACCCAAGCGUGGUUCCUGGAACCAUUGCAUUCAGUCUACCUCAGAGGAAAUGGGCUGGACUUUCUCUAAACCAGGAUGUGGAAGUCAGUAUCUACAACUUUGACCCAUCAAGACAGUAUGUCGGAACCAUGACACUAGAGAUUGACUUCCUGCAGAAGAAGAGCGUCGACAGCAACCCUUAUGACUCGGAUAAAAUGGCCAUUGAAUUUAUCCAGUUUUUCAACGCACAGGCUUUUAGCAUGGGCCAGCAGUUUGUCUUCAGCUACUGUGAUAAGCUCUUUGGACUGGUCAUAAAAGAUAUCGAGGCCAUGGAUCCCAGCAUCCUCAGGGGCGAGCAAAACUCUAGCAAAAAACAGAAGAUUGAGAUUGGUCUGUUGCACGGCAACAGUCAGGUGAUUUUUGAAAAAGCCGAGAGCUCAUCUCUAAAUUUGAUUGGAAAAGCAAAGACCAAAGGCUCUCGCCAGUCCAUUAUCAACCCCGACUGGAACUUUGAGCGCAUGGGCAUUGGAGGCCUGGACAAGGAGUUCUCGGACAUCUUCCGCCGGGCCUUCGCCUCUCGAGUCUUUCCUCCAGAUAUAGUGGAGCAGAUGGGCUGUAAACAUGUGAAGGGGAUCUUGUUGUUUGGGCCGCCCGGCUGUGGUAAAACCCUGAUGGCACGUCAGAUUGGUAAAAUGCUGAAUGCCAGAGAACCCAAGGUGGUCAACGGGCCUGAGAUUCUCAACAAAUAUGUGGGCGAAUCAGAGGCCAACAUCAGAAAGCUGUUUGCUGAUGCAGAAGAUGAGCAGAAGCGGUUGGGGGCCAACAGCGGUCUGCACAUCAUCAUAUUUGAUGAGAUUGAUGCCAUCUGUAAGCAACGUGGCAGCAUGGCAGGCAGCACGGGGGUCCAUGACACUGUGGUCAACCAGCUACUGUCCAAGAUCGAUGGUGUAGAGCAGCUCAACAACAUCCUGGUUAUUGGGAUGACCAACAGGCCUGACCUGAUCGAUGAAGCCCUCUUGAGGCCUGGUAGAAUGGAGGUCAAAAUGGAGAUUGGCCUGCCUGAUGAAGUGGGCCGCCUUCAGAUUCUGAGUAUACACACAGCAAAGAUGAGGCAGUCUAACAUGCUGGCAAAAGAUGUUGACAUAAAGGAGCUGGCUGUUGAAACCAAGAACUACAGUGGAGCAGAGCUGGAGGGGCUUGUUCGGGCCGCCCAGUCGACUGCCAUGAACCGUCACAUCAAGGCCAGUACACAGGUAGAAGUGGACACAGAAAAAGCUCAGACUCUGCAGGUCAGCAGGAGGGACUUCUUGGCAUCUCUGAAUAAUGACAUCAAGCCUGCCUUUGGUACCAAUCAGGAGGAUUACUGCAGUUACAUCAUGAACGGCAUUGUCAAAUGGAGCAAUGCUGUGUCUGACAUACUGGGAGAUGGAGAACUUCUGGUGCAACAGACCAAGAACAGUGAACGCACACCACUAGUAACUGUGCUUUUGGAGGGGCCUCCUCAUAGUGGGAAGACCGCACUGGCGGCCAAGAUCGCAGAAGACUCCCAGUUCCCCUUCAUCAAGAUCUGCUCUCCAGACAAAAUGAUUGGCUUUGCAGAGAACGCCAAGUGUCAGGCCAUCAAGAAGAUGUUUGAGGAUGCCUACAAGUCCCAGCUGAGCUGUGUGGUGGUGGAUGAUAUAGAGCGUCUGCUGGAUUUUGUUCCUAUUGGUCCACGGUUUUCUAACCUGGUGCUGCAGGCUCUGCUGGUGUUAUUGAAGAAACCUCCUCCUCGGGGUCGUAAGUUGCUGAUUCUUGGCACAACUAGCAGGAAAGAUGUUCUGCAGGAGAUGGGCAUGUUGGACUCUUUCAGCACUACAAUUCACAUCCCCAACAUCUCUAGAGGAGAACACCUCAUGGAGGCCCUGGAGCUUCUCGGGGGCUUUCAGGACAAAGAACGAGCAACUCUCGCAAGAGAGGUGAAAGGAAAAUCCGUGUGGCUGGGCAUUAAGAAGCUUCAGAUGCUCAUUGAGAUGUCACUGCAGAUGCCUCCUGAAUACAGAGUUAACAAGUUCUUGGCACUACUGAGAGAAGAAGGAGCGUUUGGGUCUGAAAAACAUGUGGCCAUAUAGUCUGGCAGUCCAGGAGAGUAGCCUGACAAACCAAGGCUAUUAUGAUGCAGUUGUAAAGGAGUCAGGAAAACAAUAUGUGCACAUGAGAGACUGAGAGAGAUCCGGACUACAGCAUAUCUCUCUAUCCCUCACUUUCCGUACUGUAUAGUGUAAUGCAUGUUUCCAUGGCAUCUACACGACACUGCCUUUACCCUGUUCAACACCAGCUUCUUGACUCCUCAGUAGAAAUGAUCAAGUGCACGUGGUCUCAUAUUUGUAUAGUGCCUCAUUUUUGUGAUUUUUGGACAUGUGUAUAAUAUAGUACAUGCAUGUGUGUGAAGACCUAUAAGGUGUUUAUAUAUAUAUAUAUAUAUAUAUAUAUAUAUAUUUAUAUAAUGUGUCAUAUUUAUAUGUAUGUAGUGACAUUAACCAUUCCAAUCAAUGAUACCUUACUCCUUAAAUCUUUCACAUUGCCAUUAAUGGCAAAAGAGGCAAACACAGGUUGUCUAUCUUUUGUAUGUUUCAGUACUGACUUUAGCAAUGCUGAUUCUUUUUCUGACCAAAUCUUCUAUGUCGUGGUUGACUUAUUCUCUUAGAGACAGUUGGGCUAACCAAAGUCUAACAAAAGGGGCAAGCUUUGAAAUCAUAGUGACCUAAAGCAUUGUGCACAGAAAGUAAACCCCCUGACCUACCUCACCACUGCCAACAGUGCCAGGACAGUUCACAUUGGCCUUGAAUUCUCCUCUUCUUUCUCUUCUUUAUAUCUCUCACUUACAUAUACUGUGUGUAGCCCCCUCUUAUUCUCUGAACAUUUAAGAAGAGCAGUAUGACCCUGUUUUGACUUUUACCAUUAAUGUGAAAUUAAUAGUGACCGAAAUAAAGUUUAGAUGCAGCAUUUGAGUAAUAUCAAUACUGCUUUUCCUUCUAGAAGGUUUAGUUUUUGUGUACAUUACUGAUCUCAGACAGCAUGUCAUACACACAGUACUCAUAAAAUAUAUUUUCUUUGUAAAAACAUUUGAAGUAUAGCAUGCAAUAUUUGCUGUGCUUCAUUGUAUGGCUGUUUGGAAUAAAUUAAUUCAAUUAUUUUUCUCAUGAGAAAUAUGAAUUAUGUAUUAAACUGAUUAAAAUGCGAUUUUAAGAUGGCAAUAAAAGACUAAAGUGCUAA